UCCAGCAAUGUUCCUCAACCAGAUCGUCUGGGAUCUUGGAUUCCGCUCACUCUACUUCACGCUCUGGACAUCCAGGUAGCAAGCGCAGCCUCUUGCCCCUCAGUCAACGGUACUGGUGGCCAUCCAUCUCCCAGGACCUCUCCCGAUGUGAAGAGUGAAUCAUGUUGUGAUGGAGAAGUGACGUUCUCAACAUCAAAAGAGCAACAGACAGCACAAACUCUUUUCUGCAUCACCUGUGGAAAGACAUUCAGCUCACAGAGACGUUUAGAGAAACAUGAGAGAAAACAUACAGAACAGAAACUUCAUUCAGAAGAGCACAAGGAGAAGAAGAAGAAGGAGUUUCACUGUCAACAGUGUGGGAAUGUUUGUGGCUCUUCCUGUAAUCUGAAUGCCCACCUGAAGAUGCACAGUGGUGAAAAGCGUUUCUACUGCACUGAAUGUGGCAAUUAUUUUAGCACCAAAGAAAAUCUUAAAGUUCAUCAGAAAAUUCACACAGAAGAAAAAUCAUACGAGUGUCCUCACUGUGAGAUGAGUUUCAGAAAAAAAGCCUAUCUGAAGACACACAUUAUUUUACACACCAAUGAGAAACCGUAUGAGUGCAGUGAAUGUGGAAAAACCUUUAGGGAUUCAAGUUCAUUAAAAUCACACCAGAAUAUUCACUCUGAAGAGAAACUCUAUCAAUGUUCACACUGUGAUAAAGUGUUCAGUCAUGAAUCUAAUCUUCUAGUCCAUGAGAGAGUUCACACUGGAGAGAAACCUCAUCACUGUAGUGUCUGUUGGAAGAGUUUUAAGAGUCAGGCAAAGUUUCUAGUGCAUCAGAGAACUCAUUCUGGAGAGAAACCUUUCAAAUGCUCUCAGUUUGACAAGAUGUUUACUCAACAAGAUUCCCUGAAGACCCACGAGAGAGUUCACACUGAAGAGAAACCUCAUCACUGUAGUGUCUGUGGGAAGAGUUUUAGGAGUCAGUCAAAGUUUCUGAGGCAUCAGAGAACUCAUACUGGUGAAAAACCUUACCAAUGCUCUCAGUGUGAGAAGACAUUUACUCAACUAGAUUCCCUGAAGACCCAUGAAAGAGUUCACAAUGUAGAGAAACCUCAUCACUGUAGUGUCUGUGGGAAGAGUUUUAGGAGUCAGUCAAAGUUUCUAAGGCAUCAGAAAACUCAUAUAGGUGAAAAACCUUACCAAUGCUCUCAGUGUGAGAAGACGUUUACUCAACUAGAUUCCCUGAAGACCCACGAGAAAGUUCACACUGAAGAGAAACCUCAUCACUGUAGUGUUUGUGGGAAGAGUUUUAGGAGUCAGUCAAAGUUUCUGAGGCAUCAGAGAACUCAUACUGGUGAAAAACCUUACCAAUGCUCUCAGUGUGAGAAGACAUUUACUGAGUCAGGUCAGUUAAAAUCCCAUGAGAGAGUUCACACUGGAGAGAAACCUCAUCACUGUAGUGUCUGUGGGAAGAGUUUUAGGAGUCAGUCAAAGUUUCUAAGGCAUCAGAAAACUCAUACAGGUGAAAAACCUUACCAAUGCUCUCAGUGUGAGAAGACGUUUACUCAACUAGAUUCCCUGAAGACCCACGAGAGAGUUCACACUGAAGAGAAACCUCAUCACUGUAGUGUUUGUGGGAAGAGUUUUAGGAGUCAGUCAAAGUUUCUGAGGCAUCAGAGAACUCAUACUGGUGAAAAACCUUACCAAUGCUCUCCGUGUGAGAAGACAUUUACUGAGUCAGGUCAGUUAAAAUCCCAUGAGAGAGUUCAUACAGGAGAGAAACCUUACAAAUGCUCUAACUGUGAGAAGACUUUUACUGAGUCAAGUUCCUUAAAAAUUCAUGAGAGAGUUCACGCUGAAGAGAAACCUUACACCUGCUCUCACUGUGGAAAGAGCUUCCCUGAUCCAAGUAGUUUUAGAGUCCAUGAGAGAGCUCACAUUGAAGAGAAACCUCAUCACUGUAGUGUCUGUGGGAAGAGUUUUAGGAGUCAGUCAAAGUUUCUAGUGCAUCAGAGAACUCAUACAGGUGAAAAAACUUACCAAUGCUCUCAGUGUGAGAAGAGAUUUACAGAGUCAAGUUCCUUAAAAAAACAUGAGAGAGUUCAUUCUGGAGAGAAACCUCAUCAAUGUAGUGUUUGUGGGAAGAGUUUUGCACGGCGUGAUCAUUUAGUGGGACAUCAGAAAACUCAUACAGGUGAAAAACCUUACAAAUGCUCUCAGUGUGAGAAGACGUUUGCUCGAUCAGGUCACUUAAAAAUCCAUGAGAUAAUUCAUACAGGAGAGAAGCCUUAUAAAUGCUCUCAGUGUGAGAAGACGUUUGCUCGAUCGGGUCAGUUAAAAAACCACGAGAGCGUUCAUACAGGACAGAAGCCUUAUAAAUGCUCUCAUUGUGAGAAGACGUUUGCUUGGGCAGAUCAGUUAAAAAUCCAUGAGAGACUUCAUACAAGAGAGAAACCUUUCAAAUGCUCUCAGUGCGAGAAGGCAUUUACUCGGUCAGGUCACUUAAAAAUCCAUGAGAGAAUUCAUACAGGAGAGAAACCUUACCAAUGCUCUCAGUGUGAGAAGACAUUUGCUGAGUCAGGUUCCUUAAAAAAACAUGAGAGAGUUCAUUCUGGAGAGAAACCUCAUCAAUGUAGUGUUUGUGGAAGGAGUUUUGGACAGCGUAAUUAUUUAGUGAGACAUCAGAAAACUCAUACAGGUGAAAAACCUUACAAAUGCUCUCAAUGUGAGAAGACGUUUGCUCGAUCAGGUCACUUAAAAAUCCAUGAGAGAAUUCAUACAGGAGAGAAGCCUUAUAAAUGCUCUCAUUGUGAUAAGAUGUUUGUUCGGUCAUGUCAGUUAAAAAUCCACGAGAGAGUUCAUACAGGAGAGAAACCUUACCAAUGCUCUCAGUGUGAGAAGACGUUUACUGAGUCAAGUUCCUUAAAAAAACAUGAGAGACUUCAUUCUGGAGAGAAACCUCAUCAAUGUAGUGUUUGUGGAAGGAGUUUUGGACAGCGUAAUUAUUUAGUGAGACAUCAGAAAACUCAUACAGGUGAAAAACCUUACAAAUGCUCUCAGUGUGAUAAGAUGUUUGUUCGGUCAUGUCGGUUAAAAAUCCACGAGGGAGUUCAUACAGGAGAGAAACCUUACCAAUGCUCUCACUGUGAGAAGACGUUUACCAGGUCAAGUUCCUUAAAAAUACAUGAGAGAGUUCAUACAGGAGAGAAGCCUUACAAAUGCUCUCAGUGUGAAAAGAGCUUCGCUAAUCCAAGUGUUUUCAGAGUUCAUCAGAAAGUUCACACUGGAGAGAAACCUCAUCACUGUAGUGUCUGUGGGAAGAGUUUUAGGUGUCGUUCAAACUUAGAAGUGCAUCAGAGAACUCAUACUGGUGAAAAACUUUACAAAUGCUCUCAGUGUGAGAAGACGUUUGCUCGAUCAAGUCACUUAAAAAUCCACGAGAGAAUUCAUACAGGAGAGAAGCCUUACAAAUGCUCUCAGUGUGAGAAGACGUUUGCUCGAUCAGGUCAGUUAAAAAUCCACGAGAGACUUCAUACAGGAGAGAAACCUUAUUUCUGCUCUCACUGUGGAAAACGCUUUGCUAAUUUCAGUUCUGUCAGAGUUCAUCUGAGAGUUCACACUGGAGAGAAACCUUAUUAUUGUACUGUUUGUGACAUGAGUUUUAAGAGUCACUCAAACUUGCGUGUGCAUCAGAGAACUCAUACAGGUGAAAAACCUUUUAAAAAGCUCUCAGUGGAAAAAGCUCGAUUAGAGCUGAGGACCCAUCAGUAAGUUCAUACUGGAGAAAAACUUUAACACUGUGGAGAAAGAUUCGCUUAUUCUGGAAGUUUUAAGACUCAAGAAGAAACAUGCUGAAGAACAAACUACACUGAAAUCAUCCUAGUGUCUUAAAGUCCUUACACCCUGUCAGUGUAUAUUCGGCGCAAAUGUUCAAUGUGAUAAUGCACUUAAACAAAAACCAUUGAUUUUUAUGAAUGACUUUACAUUAACCUUGGUUAUUUCACGGCACAAAAAAGUGAAGAUUAUUUUCCACAAUUUUGUCAAAUUUUCCCUCUUUUGCUCAACGAAGAAACAGGUCGAUUACUAAGAUCUGAGCAUUACCUCACGUUCCUGGAGCUGCUGCAAUUUUAAAGGGUGAGACGGUGGUGCUACAGCACACAAAACUGUAUUGACAGUGAAAACACACCAAUGAAAUGUUAAAGUCAAGACAAUUUUAUUUUUGUAAAGCUUUUCACAUUUGUUCAUUGUUCCAAAGCAGUUGUACAUGAAAUUAAAAUAUAAUUAUUUUAGUAUUAUUAUUAUUAUUAUUAAAAGAAUUUGAGCAACCUGCAAGUGCACAAGGAAAGUGGUCAGUUGUCGCAGGACAGUUAUCAAUUUGACAGCACGAGAAUGGG